AUGCCGGAGCGCGAUGCCGUGCCACUGCUGGAAGAAGGGCACGCGCUUGGAGAUGAUGAACACGUGUCUAUGCUGGAAGAAGAUGCACAGUAUGUGAUGUCGCCACGGCCCACACGGUACCUGUAUGCACCCAUGUCGUAUGAGCAGGCCAUGACGCCACAGCGGCCCAUGUGGCACCCUCUGUAUUGGUACGCGUUCGCGAAGGAGCAUUGGCAUAUCGUUGACUCGCUGCGUCCUCCUGAGCGCUUCUACUCUGCCAUAUCACGUGUGGGUACAACGCUGCGGGUCUUGUGGCCACAAAACCGCAUGCACCAGACGAUUCUGAUUGUGAUUGCGCUGUGGAUCAUGCUCAGCUACACGAGCUGGGCGGUCAGCGAGUCACUCCCGAGGCGCAAGGUGGAUAUUUCUGCAAAGCUGGACUACGCUACGCGACUCUCGGAAGAACUCGAGUCCUCCAUACUCGAGCCGCGGCCUGGCGACGGUCACGAGGCAGAGAGGCCAGAAUGGCGGCGCUUGCGCUGCUUCUCGACGCGACGUCCCCUUCGAUUCUCCGAUGCGAUUGCAUGCCAGGAGCACUGGAACUUCACCAUGCCAGCCUUUCCCCAUGUGGACUCGCUCACGAGCACCGACCAUGCCUACCUACAUAUCAACCCUGUGAUCAAUGAGGCGCAAGGCUGGUAUCCAUCGAAGCGCCAGGAAGCGUCUUCGGAUGAUUUCGCCAACCGCCCGUCGCCACGCGCGCCUGCGGAUAUCUACGUCGUAUCGCGCGACGUGUCUGAGUCCGAUCCCCUGCGUGACAAGAUUCUCGUCGACGUGAUUGCUACGCACGACAAGAAUGCGUGGCCUCUCCUCACCCAUGCCUAUGUGGCCAAAAUGUCACACAGCCUUUUUUCUGAGGGACUAGCUAUCGUGACGCACCAACGUCCCCAUGGCUUGUAUUCGCAUCCGAACCAUGACCCGUUGCGGUUUGAUAUCCUCGUAUCGAUUCCGUCGCACCAGCCCAUUGCCGGUCUGAGUAUCGAUAUGCGUGAGGGCAACAUCGAUGUGCUAACGGAGACAGCCUUUGCCAAUGCCAAGCGAAUCCGGCACUUAGCCUAUCACCGUCCCAAGACUCUACUCGAGUGGAUGUACCAGUCCUUCAAGGACAUGGAACUUACGGCGGCUGAGCUCAAGGCGGCCUUCCGCAUCCGCGACCAGGAGCAUUUCUUCGGAAGUCUUACUCUACACACGCAGUAUGGCCACAUCUAUGUCAACGGACACAUUCGCUCCACAUCAGAGAUCAUUGCCAAGGUCAUGCACGGCGUGAUCGAUAGCGCGGCACAGCUGUAUGCUAACUUCAUCUACAUGACCACCGAGAAAGGAAGGAUUUCGCUGCUGGAGCGAGCGAGCGCUCAUGCCAGCAAACUGUUGCACCUGUCCACGUCCGAUGGAUUCAUUGAGUCUAAGCCAGGCAGCAUCAUGUACGGUACCAAGGCGGUCGUGACUGCCAACAACGGCUCGGUUACGGGCCCGGCAUUGUGGCAUGCGAACUUCUCACUGGCCAUGUCUGCGCCUCAUGGUCACAUCGACGCAGCUGUAGCGGUCCAAAAACCCGCCCUCGUUGACGUGCCGUACGACGACUUUUUACGCACGGAACAAGGCCGGCGUGUGGAGGCACAAUUUGCUGCGCAUGGCAAUGUGUCCAUCAAGUAUGUGGAACAGACACCUGGCGUACCGCUCAAGUCAACCGCUUCCAGCGAAGUGGGGCACGUAAACGUCGUGCACGAUUCAAAUUAUGAAGGUAAGCUGCGCGUCCAGGGCGCUCAAGUCCACUUGAGCUCGUCGCAAAUGCCGCUGGGUCGGCAUCUUGCACCCGUGGAUGACCACCGCUCCGAGUCACCUGCGUGGCUUGCGAGUCACGUCGUCUGGGACGAACAGGCUCGCGGUCCUGCACCAAAAAUGGAUCCAAGCACACCUGUGCAUCUAGAGCCCGGCAAAUCCCCGCUCGAUUAUGGCGCCGAGUCGCAUGCGACAUCCAAAGAGGGAACAGCGUCAAUAUUUGUAACCUAA